CAUUGCCUAUCAGGGUGUCGUCCUACACCACCAUUUACAGACGGCGAAGAGACCUGAGCCGCUUCGCAGAAGGCUAGGUAUGAGCUAUCACGAUGAAACUGGACUGGAAGAGCAACGACUCGAGUCGCUCGAAGAUCAUUUCCGGCGGCCUGAUGCAAAUCUCCUCGGCCGGGUCGCAACUCUUGGUGGGCACUGACUGGCUAUCGCGCGCAACGCUACUAAGACGAGUUGACCCUACAGGCAUGUUCAUCAUUGACCAGUUUGAAGUCCACGACGAGACCGGUGAAGCCGUCAUAUUAGAAGAGGAGACCAUGGGAGGCGGAGGUGUGUACGCCAUGACUGCUGCUCGAAUGUUCCUACCACCUUCGAAAUGCGCACUCGUCGUCGAUCAAGGCCAAGACUUCCCUCUCGAUUUCAAGGAUCAGCUCAUGUCUAUGGGCGAGGACAUGUUCUGGUUUAGGGAAUGUCAAGGUGCCAGUACUCGAGCACUUAACAUGUAUUCAGGGCGGCGCAUAGGCGACGGGCAUCAAUCAUUUAAGUAUCUCUCAAGACAGGCUCAGAUCCAGCUUCAAGAUCUGGUCUGCGCACCUUCACCGUUCGUCAACACUCUACCAGAUUACAUCCAUCUGGUGUGCCUUUUGGACCGGGCAUCAGCUGUCUGCGAUGAGCUCGAGCAUUUGCGCCGCAAAUUCCCUCAUCUAGCGUCCUGGGAACCCAAAAUCAUCUGGGAGCCUCUAGGACAAGCCUGCGUACAUGCGAAUCUAGACAAAGUCGCCUCCAUCGCCUCGCAAUUCGCCGUGUUCUCGCCAAACGUACUAGAGAUUCAGUCUCUCUUAUCAAUUCCUCAAAUCGUGUCUCCUGAAGCCGUAGAGUCGGCUGCUCGAGAAUUUGGGAACCUGAUACCAGAUACCACCGUCAUUGUUCGAGCUGGUCCACUGGGAUCGUUCACGGUCUCAAAGACCUGGUCAGGAUGGGUCCCCGCUUACUGGAAGCCGAAGGAGCAGGAUCGAGUGAUCGACCCGACUGGCGGCGGCAAUGCCUGGCUUGGGGGUCUCUGUGCUGGUUUGCUCCUCAGUAAGGGUGAUAUAAAGCUGGGCUGUUUCUUUGGCUCUGCCGCUGCGUCAUUCGCGAUAGAACAAAGAGGCCUUCCACACUUAGACAAGGGCUAUUGGAAUUCUGACGACCCGUGGAGACGUCUACGCGAAGUAGCGGCUCGAAUGGACAUUCUCACGAGGACGUAAAUUCAUCUCUUUAUUUGAGACGGGGACAAAAAUGUCAACCAACAGAGGGUCUCUCGUGUAAAGUAUCGGUCAAGCAAGCUGGGGCGAAAGAAGAGGUCGAAGAGAUAGAUUACAAGGAACAACACGAGCCGAUAACCCAAGAGCCGAUCUCCAUUUCUGCCUUCCUUUACUUGGUGGGGACCUUCUUAGGAGCGAUA